AUGGCCGUUUUUAAUACUAUUAUGCUUAUAAUUGCCAUUAUUUUCCCUAUUCUCUUCCAAACAGUUUCCUCUGCAGUUGAUAGUAUUCAUUCAUUUGAAUCAAUCAGUGAUGGUACUACCUUGGUUUCUAAAGAAGGAAGCUUUGAGUUUGGGUUCUUCAGUCUCGGAAAUUCCAAGAAUCGUUAUGUGGGAAUUUGGUACAAGAAUAUCCCAAUCCGAACUGUCGUUUGGGUUGCAAACCGAUGCAACCCUAUUAAUGACUCCUUUGGCUUGUUGACUGUAAAUAGCACAGGCAAUCUUGUGCUCAUGUAUCAGAACAAGAGCGUUGUUUGGUCGACGAACUCAUCGAAACAAGCCAAGAAGCCAUUAGUGCAGCUUCUAGAUUCUGGAAAUCUUGUACUAAGAGACGAGGAAGAUAGAAACUCGGAAAACUAUUUGUGGCAAAGCUUUGAUUAUCCUUCUGAUACAGUAUUACCAGGGAUGAAAUUUGGAUGCGACUUAAAGAAGGGUCUCAACCGGCGAUUAUCGGCAUGGAAGAAUUGGGAGGACCCUUGUCCUGGAGACUUUACUUAUGGGGUUGAGUUUGAUCGAAAGCUUCAUACAUACCCAGAAUUUUAUCUUCGAAAGGGAAACACAACGUACUACCGCACCGGACCCUGGAAUGGAAUUCGUCUCAGUGGCGUACUGGAACAAAAUCUAAACCAGUUUUAUACUUAUAACUUUGUUUAUAAUGACGAUGAGGCGUAUUACGUAUACAACCUGAAGAAUAACUCGGUGAUCUCAAUAAUCGUUAUAAACCAAACCACAAGUUUACGUCAGCGCCUUACAUGGAUCGAAGCAGAUCAAGCUUGGAAACCUUACUCAAGUUUUCCUAGAGAUGACUGCGAUAAGUACGGUGCGUGUGGAGCCAAUGCAAAUUGUGACAUAAACGAAAACCCGUUCUGCCAAUGCCUUAGAGGAUUCAAGCCCAAGUCUCAAGAGAAGUGGAAUCUAAUGGACUGGUCUGAAGGAUGUGCAAGGAAUAAUCCACUGAACUGCACGGUGAAUGAUAAUGAUGGAUUUAUCAAAUUUUGGGGGUUGAAAGUGCCGGAUACGACACAUUCAUGGGUGAACAAGAGUAUGAAUACAAAGGAAUGCAGGGCCAAAUGUUUAAGCAACUGUUCUUGUGCGGCUUUUACAAAUACUGAUAUCACAGGACAAGGCACUGGUUGUGCCAUAUGGUUUGGUGAUCUGAUGGAUAUCAGGCAAAUUCCCAAUGGUGGACAAGAUCUGUUUAUUCGCAUGCCAAGUUCAGAGCUAGGAAAAACUGGGAAUAAGAUGAGAGCAGCGAUAGUGGCCGCAUCUGUCAUUGGAGGUUUUUCUGGGAUGCUCAUGCUCCUACUUGGCUUUUGCUUUUGCAGGAGAGGCUCAAAAGACAAAACAGCUAGAAAUGAAACAAUAAGUCAGAAUGGAGGCGAAGAAGACGAUCUGGACCUUCCUUUGUUCAACCUGUCUUCUAUAAUUGCUGCCACUGGAAAUUUUUCAGAGGACAAUAAGCUUGGAGAAGGUGGUUUUGGAUCGGUAUACAGAGGUAAGCUAGAAGAUGGACAAGAAAUUGCUGUGAAGAGGCUAUCAAUAAGUUCUUUACAAGGAUUAAAUGAGCUAAGAAAUGAAAAACUAAUUGCCAAACUUCAACAUCGAAAUCUUGUGAAGCUUCUUGGUUGUUGCAUUAAUGAAAAAGAGAAAUUGUUGGUUUAUGAAUAUAUGCCGAACAAAGGCCUCGACUCUUUCAUUUUUGUCGUUAACUUUGAAAACACUUUGACAGAUCAAAAUCAAGGAAAAUUACUAGAUUGGUCAAAGCGCUUCAAAAUUAUUUGCGGAAUUGCUCGAGGACUUCUAUAUCUUCACCAAGAUUCUAGAUUGAGAGUGAUACAUAGAGAUCUCAAAGCUAGUAAUGUUUUACUUGACGAUGAGAUGAAUCCUAAAAUUUCAGACUUUGGCUUGGCAAGACCUUUUGUAGGAAAUCAGACAGAAGAACAGACAACCAGAGUAAUUAUAGGAACCUAUGGCUAUAUGGCACCCGAAUAUGCAUUUGAUGGGCUAUUCUCAAUAAAGUCAGAUGUCUUUAGCUUCGGUAUAUUGGUGUUGGAGAUUGUAAGUGGAAAGAAAAGCAGAGGCUUUCAAUAUCGAAAUUCCCUCAUUGGACAUGCAUGGAAAUUGCAUGAAGAGGGUAAUUCAAUUGAAAUGCUUGAUAAGCACUUAAGGGAAUCGGACCACAAUCUAAAACAAGUGUUGCGUUGCAUUCAUGUCGGUCUCUUAUGCAUGCAACAAAGUCCGAUGGAUAGACCAAACAUGUCCUCUGUGGUUUUGAUGUUGGGAAGUGAGAGUGAGCUGCCUCAGCCCAAACCACCCGGCUAUUUCACAGAGAUGCAUUCGGCGAAUGGAGACCCCGAAUCAUCUUCGACGAAUGAUAUGAGCACUUCCCUUCUCAGCCCUAGAUAA